UGAGUCCUCUCUCUUCUUCACAAUCAUCUCUGAAACUCAUCUUUCAAUCUUUCUUGAUUCCCAUUUAACAGUAGCGGGUUCUCGGGUCGGAUCUUCUGAGUCUAGGGACAAUGGCGACUGUCACUACUCAUGCCUCGGCCUCGAUUUUCCGACCUUGUACUACUUCAAAGCCAAGAUUCCUCACCGGUUCUUCCGGUAAGUUGAACCGCGACUUGUCGUUUAAAUCUAUCGGUUCGUCGUCCAAAACGUCGUCGUUCAAGGUUGAAGCUAAGAAAGGAGAGUGGUUGCCCGGUUUGGCUUCCCCUGAUUAUCUCACCGGCAGUCUUGCUGGUGACAAUGGGUUUGACCCGUUGGGGCUAGCAGAGGAUCCAGAGAACUUGAAAUGGUUCAUCCAGGCAGAGCUGGUCAACGGAAGAUGGGCUAUGCUCGGUGUUGCAGGGAUGCUUUUGCCUGAAGUUUUCACCAAGAUCGGAAUCAUAAAUGUUCCGGAGUGGUACGAUGCUGGGAAAGAGCAGUACUUUGCAUCUUCGUCGACAUUGUUCGUGAUCGAAUUCAUUUUGUUUCAUUACGUUGAGAUCAGACGGUGGCAAGACAUCAAGAACCCAGGAAGUGUGAACCAAGACCCUAUCUUUAAGCAAUACAGCUUACCUAAGGGUGAAGUCGGUUACCCUGGUGGAAUCUUUAACCCGCUUAACUUUGCUCCUACGCUCGAGGCCAAGGAGAAAGAGCUCGCAAACGGGAGGUUGGCUAUGUUGGCAUUCUUAGGGUUUGUGAUUCAACACAAUGUGACUGGAAAGGGACCAUUCGAGAAUCUGUUGCAGCACUUGUCUGAUCCAUGGCACAACACUAUUGUCCAAACCCUCAGCGGCUAAAGAUUUAAAACAGACUUAUGAAUCUCAUCUCUCUCUCUCUCUAUCUUUCCAUCACUUUCAUGUCUGUCAGCGAGUGUGUUUCAUCUUAGAGUUCUUGGAUUUUGAGCCUGAAUUGGUGUUGAAUCGUUGUCGCUACAUGGUUAAAUUUAAAAUCUUCAAUGUACAGAGGAACUAAGUUAAUCAACAUUGUCGUACUCCUUAA